UGUGAGUUUGUGGGGCUGUUAGUGGGUGAAUUGGACCAUUGAGACAUGGAGACACUCAACUCGGCCCGCUGUUUGGAUCUGUGUUUUAUUUAUCUUCUGACCACAAGCUUUAUAGGACAACAGACCAGUGUAGAGGCGCCAAAUCCCGAAAAGGCAGCUAAGGUGGAUGAAGAAAGGACAAAGUUGAACAUCGUGGCUCACCACAAUAGACUGCGAAGCCGGGUCAAACCAGUCGCGGCAAACAUGCAAAAAAUGGUGUGGAAUGAAAAGCUGGCUGCACUUGCACAUGGCAGAGCGCUCUUCUGUGAACCGGAACUCUCGCCCUAUCAGCCUCCUGUCCCCAGCGACAUUGGCUGGAACAUUCACCUGGUUAGUCUUGGUGAAACCACAAUUUCAAUCAUUGACGAGUGGUUCGAGGAAGGAAAAGAUUUUCACUACCAGAGUGGCCGAUGUCGAGAAAAGAGAACCUGUCAUCAUUAUACACAGUUGGUGUGGGCCACCUCGAGUAAAGUGGGCUGUGCCUCUGCUGUCUGCCUGAGGGGAGAGCCUCUCACUAUGUUUGUGUGUGCCUACUACCCUGGAGGUAAUUGGGAGCUGAACGGUCAGCCUGUCACACCUUAUAAGACAGGACUGUCCUGCUUUCUGUGCACUGCAUCCAUGUCGGGUUGCUUCAGACAGUGGGGCUUUGAGGGUGGACUCUGUGAGGUCCCAAGUAAUCCCUGUCGUAUGAGCUGUGGUCCCCACGGGCACCUUAAUGAAUCUACAUGCAACUGCAAGUGUGACCCAGCAUACACUGGGAGAUUCUGCCAAGUGCGGUGCAGUGUGCAAUGUGUGCACGAUCAGUUCAGUGAAGAACGAUGUUCCUGCUUGUGUGAUUUGGGCUACAGUGGGGUUGACUGUACAGAGCGAGUUUCAUUUCCCAUCGAGAGCUGCGACGUCAUAAUCGAUCGUGUGUGCUUUUCUAUGUCUGCUGAUGCUAAUACCUUCUAUGGAGCCAAGCGUCAGUGUCAGAAGAGAGGAGCUAUUCUUGCUCAGAUACAGACACAGAAGGUUCAGGACAUUCUGGCUUUUUAUCUCAGUCAACUUGAGAUCAACAAUGAUGUCAUCAAUCCGAAUGUGGAGACGAACAAUUUCUGGAUCGGUUUGACGUAUAAACGUUCAAAAGAUAUAUUUCGCUGGGACACUGGAGACCUUCUCGAAUACAACAGCUUUGCCUUUGGGCAGCCGGACAACCAAGGCUUUGGAAACUGUGUGGAGAUGCAGGCGUCAACUGCUUUUAACUGGAACGACCAGCGCUGCAAAGCACAGAACCGCUAUAUCUGUCAACACAAUCCAGAGAACAUUUCCAUGUGGGAUGAUGGGAGUUAACAAGAUUAGAACGGUUUCACACACAUAUUUUGUGCAGAAGUCAAUUUAGCUCUGUCACAUGUUGGGAUUUUCUGUCAAG